UUAACGUUGUUUUGCGUAAAAAGUUAAAGCAACACAUUAGUUCCUUUAGGUUUGUAAGAAUAAUUAAAUUGUUAGAAGAAAAUAGAGUUAUGAUAAAAUCACUCAUUUUCCUUCGUACUAAACACACCCUUACUUAACCAAGUUCUUUUUUUAUUUUGAUUACCCGAAAAAGAUAUAGUGAUCAGCGCUACAUCAUGGAUUUUCCAAGAAAGAGCAAAUGCCAGUAAUAUCGAGAAUGCAGUCAACGAAGCACUAUUGGAUAAGCCAAAGACCAACUCACCUGAAUUGGAAUACCAAAAUGCAAUAAAAUUAGCGGAAUUCCUUUGUGAGAAGUUAAAAGGUUUAAGCGAGAAAGAGAUCAUCUCCAUUGUUGGCGGCCCUCUCCUUCAAGCCGUGCAUUUCGACAAUUACAAGCUUGUUGAAAUUUUUGUGGGGAAAUUUCCUUUACUGGUUUAUCAUAGCAACAAAAAUGGGAAGAAUAUACUUCACAUUGCAGUAGAAAAUCGCUGCACAAAUGUCUUUAACUUGAUCUGUCAAAUGAGUCAGCAUAGACAUCAGCUCAUAACUUCAGUGGAUUCAUUCAAUAAUACAAUGUUGCAUUUGGCUGGUAAAUUGCCACCUAAAAACAAAGUAAAUCAUACUUUUGGCGCAGCUCUUCGAAUGCAAGAAGAAUUGCGGUGGUUUGAGGUAGUGAAGGAGAUGUUACCUCCUCCUUAUUAUGAGCGUUUAAACAAUAAGGGUAAAACGGCUCAUCAAGUAUUUACAGUGCAACAUGCAAAUUUAAAAAUAGAAGGAGAAAAAUGGAUGAAAGAGACGGCAAGUUCAUGUGCAAUUAUAGCAAUGCUCACAGUUGCCAUUGCAUUUGGUGCAACAAUUACAGUUCCCGGUGGCAGAAACUGCGAAAACGGUCUUCCAAUUUUCUCAAGAAACGGAUUCUUCAGCGCAUUCGCGUUCUCCAAUACAGUAUCACUCUCCACUGCCUGCAUUUCUCUGUUCGCGUUCGUUUCUAUUUUAACUUCUAGUUAUGCAGAAGAAGAUUUUCUCCGUGUUUUGCCAAAGCGUCUGUUAUGGGGACUUCUCACCUUGUACGCCUCAAUAGAAGCAAUGAUGCUAAGCUUUGGUUGUGCGCUCUAUUUUGUGUUCAAGGACAACUAUAUGGUGUUCUAUGUAGGGUUUGUACUAGCUGUAUUACCCAUCUUAGCAUUUCAACAUUGGCGAGGCUCACUCGUUAAUCAUCUGUUUUUUGAGGUCAAGAAAAAAGACAAUUCUUUGGAGUCAUAGAAGAUAUGUAGGUGGUAAUGUAUAUUUCUUGUGCAAUUUAGCUUUCAGUACGUUAUUCU